CCGCUCCGUGCCCGGUGGGCUCAGCUCGUUUCUCUUUUGCCCGUCGCCGCCGCAGCUCGCGGUAGCGUCCCCCGCCGGGCCAGCGCCGCCGGCCGCCCCUCAGCGCGGGCGGGAGCACCCACGCCUCCUCGAGCCCGGGGCGCGGAGUACCGGCCGGGGCCCCUCCGAUCCGACGUUCAUUCUCUCCCGCCGCCCCCCGCCCGCUCACCAUGGCCCGCGGGAAGGCCAAGGACGGCGACGGCAAUUGGAAGAAGUUCAUCUGGAACUCGGAGAAGAAGGAGCUGCUGGGCCGCACCGGGGGCAGCUGGUUUAAGAUCCUCCUCUUCUAUGUCAUCUUCUAUGGCUGCCUGGCAGGGAUUUUCAUUGGGACCAUCCAAGUGAUGUUGCUCACCGUCAGUGAAUUUGAACCCAAGUACCAGGACCGUGUGGCACCCCCAGGACUGACUCAAGUCCCUCAGGUACAAAAGACAGAAAUUUCCUUUACUGUCUCCGAUCCCAAAAGCUAUGACCCAUAUGUGAAGAAUCUGGAGGGGUUCUUAAGCAAGUACAGUGCUGGUGAGCAGACUGACAACAUCGUAUUUCAGGACUGUGGAGACACACCUGCGGAUUACAAAGAGAGAGGACCAUACAAUGAUGCCCAAGGUCAGAAGAAGGUCUGUAAGUUCAAACGUGAGUGGCUGGAGAACUGCUCUGGGCUACAGGAUAACACCUUUGGGUACAAGGAGGGCAAACCAUGCAUUCUCGUCAAGCUCAACAGAAUUAUCGGCUUCAAACCUAAGGCACCAGAAAAUGAGAGCCUCCCUGGAGGUCUUGCAGGAAAAUACAACCCCUAUCUCAUCCCUGUCCACUGUGUUGCUAAGAGGGAAGAGGACUCAGACAAGAUCGGCGCGGUGGAGUACUAUGGCAUGGGUGGUUACCCAGGCUUUGCCCUGCAGUACUACCCGUACUAUGGCAAGCUCCUGCAGCCACACUACCUGCAGCCACUGGUGGCAGUGCAGUUCACCAACCUGACCUAUGAUGUGGAAGUGCGUGUGGAAUGCAGGGCCUAUGGGCAGAACAUCCAGUACAGCGACAAAGACCGCUUCCAGGGACGCUUUGAUAUUAAAUUUGACAUAAGAAGCAGCUGAUUGUAAGCACAACUCUCUCUCUCCCCCUCUUCCUCCUAGCCAUUUAAAAAAGGUUUAAAAAAAAAAAAAAGAACAAAAAAGAAAACCU